AUGGAGUCCGAAUCCCCGUUUAGCAGAAAGGCUAUCGAAGAAGACCUCCACUGCCCCAUCCCAAAGAAAAGUCUUGCCAUAGUGACAUGCAUGGACGCCUGGAUCCAUCCACGCGAUGCAUUUGACGUUGAGCUCGGCGACGCACACGUGAUCCGUAACGCCGGGGGAAGCGCAAGAGAGGCGCUGAGGAGCAUAAUCAUCUCGCAGCAGUUUCUGGAUACUAGAGUGAUUAUGGUGGUCAAGCAUACGGAAUGUGGUAUGAUGGGACUCACAAACGAGGACGCACAUGCUAAAAUCAAAAAUAAUCUCGGUGUAUCCGCUGAUCAUAUUGACUUUAUGGGAUUCGAAGAGUUGGAGCAAUCGGUCAGGGACGAUGUCGCUUGGCUCAAGGAGCAGGACCUCAUACAUCCGGAAUCGAAAGAAAAGAUCAAAGGCUAUAUAUUCCACGUCAAUAGGGACCCAGCAUUGAGAAAGCUAGUACCCGUAGUGUAG